GCCUCAAAUGGGUUCAGUUGUAAUGCUGAUUAUAUUUUUAACUUGGUGAAAACCCUGUUUCAUCCUGAUAUGAAUGUUGUUGUUCACUUGAUCCAGAUGAGCAAUUCAAAGUCAGCUAAAACCAGCUGUGUGUCCAUGAAAAGUGACCAGUCUAUGGAGCCUCCACUUAAGUUUAACACAUCUGCUGAUCUUUAUAGCCGCCCGCAAUCUCCGCAAAGAUCAGACCCACCAGAACCCAGCAUUGUGUCUAUGAAAAGUGACCAGUCUAUGGAGCCUCCACUUAAGUUUAACACACCUGCUGAGACUAUAGUCCAAAAACCUCAGCAGACAUCAGGCCCACCAGAACCAAGCAGUGUGUCCAUGAAGAGUGACCAGUCUAUGGAGCCUCCACUUAAGUUUAACACGCCCGCUGAUCUUCAUGUCUGCCCAAAACCUCAGCAGACAUCAGACGCACCAGAACCCAGCAGUGUCUCCAUGGAUCCUCAUAAAAUAGUCCUUGAUUAUAGCAGCCUUGUCUCAGAAUGUCCUGAAGUCCUCAACACAUUCAGAUCAAAUCUACAGAGGAAGUUUGAGUGUUUGUGUGAGGGAAUAUCAAAGCAGGGAAACCCAACACUGCUGAAUAAGAUCUACACAGAGCUCUACAUCACAGAGAGAGAAAGUGGAGAGAUCAGUAAUGAACAUGAGAUGAGACAGAUUGAGACCCAAUCCAGAAGAACAGAAACAGAGGACACACCGAUCAAAUGCAAAGACAUCUUUAAACCUUUACCUGCACAAGACAAACCCAUCAGACGUGUGCUGACAAAGGGAGUCGCUGGCAUUGGAAAAACAGUCUCUGUGCAGAAGUUCAUUCUGGACUGGGCUGAAGGGAAAGAGAAUCAGGACGUCCACCUCAUAUUUCCACUUCCUUUCAGAGAGCUGAAUCUCAUGAAAGACCAAAAACUGAGUCUUCUGGAGCUUCUUCGUGUUUUCUUCCCAGAGACAAAAGAAAUGGAAAUCUCCAGCGGUGACUAUAAAGUGUUGUUCAUCUUUGAUGGUUUGGAUGAGUGUCGCGUGUCUCUGGAUUUUCGCAGCCGUGUGAGGUUGUGUGAUGUCAGUGAAUCGGUGUCAGUGGACGUGAUGCUGACAAACCUCAUGGCGGGGCAUCUGCUUCCCUCCGCUCUCAUCUGGAUCACCUCCAGACCAGCAGCAGCCGAUCUCAUCCCGUCUGAGUGUGUCGAUCGAGUCACUGAGGUACGAGGCUUCACUGACAAACAGAAGGAGAAAUACUUCAGAAAGAGAAUCAGUGAUGAGAGUCUGAACAACAGAAUCAUCUCACACCUGAAGUCAUCCAGGAGCCUCUACAACAUGUGUCACAUCCCAGUGUUCUGCUGGAUUUCUGCCACUGUUCUAGAGAGAAUGUUGAGCAAGACAAAAAGAAAAGCCAAGAGUGAAGGAGAGAUCCCCAAGACUCUCACUGAAAUGUACACGCACUUCCUGAUCAUUCAGACAAACAUCAAACAUCAGAAGGACUAUGAGAAGAAUGAUGAAGACAUGAUGUUGAAACUGGGCAAACUGGCUUUCGAGCAGCUUGUGAAAGGCAAUCUAAUCUUCUAUGAUGAAGACCUGAGAGAGUGUGGCAUUGAUGUAGCAGAAGCAUCCGUGUACUCAGGAUUGUGCACUCAGAUCUUCAGAGAGGAGUUUGGCUUGUAUCAGGGGAAAGUUUACUGCUUUCUUCAUCUCACCGUUCAGGAGCAUCUAGCAGCUCUACAUGUGCUCUUCUCAUUCCUGCUUUAUAAUGAGGAUGUGCUUAUUCAAAGUUUACCUUCUAAACAUUCAGAUGAGUUCAGCUGUGACACGAUAUCAGAUGUGCAUCAGAGAGCUGUGGAUAAAGCUCUACAGAGUAAGAAUGGGCAUCUGGAUCUUUUCCUCAGAUUUCUUCUGGGUCUCUCACUGGAGUCCAACCAGAAACUUCUGCAGGAUCUUCUGACACGCACAGUGAACGACUCCUGGAGCAAAGAGAAAACGGUUGAGUACAUUAAAAUCCGAAUAAGAAUGAAUCCAUUACCAGAGAAAUCCAUCAAUCUGUUUCACUGUUUAAAUGAACUGGGUGAUCAGUCUCUUGUGAAUGAAGUGCAGGAGUUUGUCAAAUCUGGAAAUCUAUCAAGCAGCAGAUUCUCCUCGUCUCAGUGGUCAGCAGUGGUCUUUGUUUUACUGACCUCAGAGCAGUUAGAUGUGUUUGAGUUGAAUAAAUACAUAAGCCCAUUGAGAAAAAAAGACGACAUGACACCAGAUGAAGUUCUUCUGAAGCUGCGGCCUGUGGUUGACGCAUCAAAAUCUGCUCGGCUUCAUUUCUGUAAAUUGUCAGAGAAAUGCUGUGCUGGUCUGGCUUCAGUUCUCACUUCGAAAUCUUCAUUUCUAAGAGAUUCCAAUCUCUCUGGGAAUUCAUUUGGAGAUUCAGGAGUGAAGCUGCUCUCUGAUGCACUGAAGAAUCCAAACUGUAAACUGGAGAAACUGCGGUUGAGUUCUUGUAAUAUCAAAGAUGAAGGUUGUGUUGCUCUGACUUCAGUUCUAAGAUCAAACUCCUCUCAUCUGAGAGAACUGGAUCUUUCUAGGAAUAAAAAUCUAGGAGAUUCAGGAGUGAAGCUGCUCUCUGCUGGACUGGAGAAUCCAAACUGUAAACUGAAGAAACUGGUGUUAUGGAAGUGUAAUAUCACAGAUGAAGGUUGUGCAGCUCUGGCUUCAGCUCUGAAAUCAAAUUCACACCUGAGAAAACUGAAUCUGACUAAUAAUAAUCUUGGAGAUUCAGGAGUGAAGCUGCUCUCUGAUGUACUGGAGAAUCCAAACUGUAAACUGGAGAAACUGGUGUUAAGGGGUUGUGGGGUCACAGAAGGUUGUGUUGCUCUGGCUUCAGCUCUGAUAUCAAACUCACAUCUGAGAGAUAUGAAUCUGUCUAGGAACAAACUAGGAGAUUCAGGAGUGAAGCUGCUCUCCGCCGGACUGGAGAAUCCAAACUGUAAACUGGAGAAACUAAAGUUAACUAGUUGUGGUGUCAGAGAUGAAGGUUGUGUUGCUCUGGCUUCAGCUCUGAGAUCAAACUCACAUCUGAGAAAACUGAAUCUGUCUGAGAAUAAUCUAGGAGAUUCAGGAGUGAAGCUGCUCUCUGCUGGAUUGGAGAAUCCAAACUGUAAACUGGAGAAACUGAGGUUGAGUGAUUGUGCUAUAACAGGUGAAGGUUGUGUUGCUCUGACUGCAGCUCUCGGAUCAAAUCCCUCACACCUGAGGGUACUGGAUCUGUCUAUGAAUAUUCUAGGACAUUCAGUAAAGGAGCAGCUCUCUGAUUUAAAGAAGGAGCCACAUUAUAAACUGGGGAUAGUGGUUCUCUGGGAUGAUUAUGAUCCUGCUUUCUGGGCGGAUGAUGAUUAUUGCGAUUGGUCUGAUGAUGAUGGGUUUGAUUGGUCUGAUGACGAUUGUGUUGAUUGGACUAACGAGGAUUAUUGUGAUUUGACGGCUGACAAUCUGCUCAUGGUCUGGGGUGUAUUACAGAAAGCUGGGUUAACUACCCGGGGUAACAAGGCCUUAAUGGCAAAAGACACACAAAAGUGGACUAAGAAAGUUCAACAGGGAGACAGUGAAGAGAGUCCGACCGUCAAGCUGACUACAAGGCCAACUGGAGAACCCAGUAUACGGCAGCGUCAGCAGUGGUAUGAGCGGGACGGCGGCAGAGGUGACUUGUCAUCAGGUAGACUGACCAUCAUCACGAGCGUUUGGAUGGACUGGGAAGAGCAUCAGGCCAGAACCGGAGCUUGGACUGAUGACCUCUGGAGUGAAGUUCGCCUGCUGGGCUGGUCGUGUUCUCUAAGCCUGGGCUCUGUGCAGAGAAGCACGUGGAGUAGAAGCGAAAUCCAGACACCUGUCUGUCAACAGAAUGCCGCGAUGUCUGAUACUGUGGAUCAUCAUCACAACCUUAAUGAUGAACACGAGUCAUCUUGCUUUGGUUUAAUCCAGAUGGACAGAUCAGACCCACCAGAACCCAGCUGUGUGUCUAUGAAGAGUCAUCAGUCUCUAGAUCCACCAUCUAACUUCAGAAAACACUCUGAUCUUGGGUUUAGACCAGAACCCAGCUGUGUGUCUAUGAAGAGUCAUCAGUCUUUGGAUCCUCCAUCUAACUUUAAGAAGCAAACUGAUCAUGGAUUUAGAUCCGAUCCACCAGAACCCAGCGGUGUGUCUAUGAAGAGUCAUCAGUCUUUGGAUCCUCCAUCUAACUUCAAUAAACAAACUGAUCUUGGGUUUAGAUCAGAUCCACCAGAACCCAGCGCUGUGUCUAUGAAGAGUCAUCAGUCUUUGGAUCCUCCAUCUAACUUCGCUGGAAACAACAAUUUGCCAGUUUUAAGACCAGACCAGCAGAGCAGAUUAAAACCAGCAGAACCUGACUGUCACAGCUGUGACUCUCAGUCUCCUGAAGUCCUCAACACAUUCAGAUCAAAUCUACAGAGGAAGUUUGAGUGUUUGUGUGAGGGAAUAUCAAAGCAGGGAAACCCAACACUGCUGAAUAAGAUCUACACAGAGCUCUACAUCACAGAGAGAGAAAGUGGAGAGAUCAGUAAUGAACAUGAGAUGAGACAGAUUGAGACCCAAUCCAGAAGAACAGAAACAGAGGACACACCGAUCAAAUGCAAAGACAUCUUUAAACCUUUACCUGCACAAGACAAACCCAUCAGACGUGUGCUGACAAAGGGAGUCGCUGGCAUUGGAAAAACAGUCUCUGUGCAGAAGUUCAUUCUGGACUGGGCUGAAGGGAAAGAGAAUCAGGACGUCCACCUCAUAUUUCCACUUCCUUUCAGAGAGCUGAAUCUCAUGAAAGACCAAAAACUGAGUCUUCUGGAGCUUCUUCGUGUUUUCUUCCCAGAGACAAAAGAAAUGGAAAUCUCCAGCGGUGACUAUAAAGUGUUGUUCAUCUUUGAUGGUUUGGAUGAGUGUCGCGUGUCUCUGGAUUUUCGCAGCCGUGUGAGGUUGUGUGAUGUCAGUGAAUCGGUGUCAGUGGACGUGAUGCUGACAAACCUCAUGGCGGGGCAUCUGCUUCCCUCCGCUCUCAUCUGGAUCACCUCCAGACCAGCAGCAGCCGAUCUCAUCCCGUCUGAGUGUGUCGAUCGAGUCACUGAGGUACGAGGCUUCACUGACAAACAGAAGGAGAAAUACUUCAGAAAGAGAAUCAGUGAUGAGAGUCUGAACAACAGAAUCAUCUCACACCUGAAGUCAUCCAGGAGCCUCUACAACAUGUGUCACAUCCCAGUGUUCUGCUGGAUUUCUGCCACUGUUCUAGAGAGAAUGUUGAGCAAGACAAAAAGAAAAGCCAAGAGUGAAGGAGAGAUCCCCAAGACUCUCACUGAAAUGUACACGCACUUCCUGAUCAUUCAGACAAACAUCAAACAUCAGAAGGACUACGAGAAGAAUGAUGAAGACAUGAUGUUGAAACUGGGCAAACUGGCUUUCGAGCAGCUUGUGAAAGGCAAUCUAAUCUUCUAUGAUGAAGACCUGAGAGAGUGUGGCAUUGAUGUAGCAGAAGCAUCCGUGUACUCAGGAUUGUGCACUCAGAUCUUCAGAGAGGAGUUUGGCUUGUAUCAGGGGAAAGUUUACUGCUUUCUUCAUCUCACCGUUCAGGAGCAUCUAGCAGCUCUACAUGUGCUCUUCUCAUUCCUGCUUUAUAAUGAGGAUGUGCUUAUUCAAAGUUUACCUUCUAAACAUUCAGAUGAGUUCAGCUGUGACACGAUAUCAGAUGUGCAUCAGAGAGCUGUGGAUAAAGCUCUACAGAGUAAGAAUGGGCAUCUGGAUCUUUUCCUCAGAUUUCUUCUGGGUCUCUCACUGGAGUCCAACCAGAAACUUCUGCAGGAUCUUCUGACACGCACAGUGAACGACUCCUGGAGCAACGAGAAAACGGUUGAGUACAUUAAAAACAGAAUAAGAAUGAAUCCAUCACCAGAGAAAUCCAUCAAUCUGUUUCACUGUUUAAAUGAACUGGGUGAUCAGUCUCUUGUGAAUGAAGUGCAGGAGUUUGUCAAAUCUGGAAAUCUAUCAAGCAGCAGAUUCUCCUCGUCUCAGUGGUCAGCAGUGGUGUUUGUUUUACUGACCUCAGAGCAGUUAGAUGUGUUUGAGUUGAGUAAAUAUGUAUGCCCGUUCAAAAAUAAAGACGACAUGACAUCAGAUAAAGUUCUUCUGAAGCUGCGGCCUGUGGUUGACGCAUCAAAAUCAGCUCAGCUUUCUGAUUGUAAACUGACAGAGAAAUGCUGUGCUUGUCUGACUGAAGUUCUCACUUCAAAUUCUUCAUGUCUGAGAGACCUGAAUCUGUCUGGGAAUUAUUUAGGAGAUCUAGGAGUGAAGCUGCUCUCUGGUGGACUGAAGAAUCCAAACUGUAAACUGGAGACACUUGUGUUGUGGGAUUGUGGUGUGACAGAGGAAGGUUGUGUUGCUCUGUCUUCAGCUCUGAAAUCAAACCCCUCACACCUGAGAAAGCUUAAUCUGUCUGGGAAUAAUCUAGGAGGUUCAGGAGUGAAGCUGCUCUCAGCUAGGCUGAAGAAUCCAAGCUGUAAACUGGAGACACUGGAGUUGAGUCGUUGUGGUGUGACCGAUGACGGUUGUGAUGGUCUAGCAGCAGCUCUAAGAUCAAACUCACACCUGAGAGAUCUGAAUCUGUCUGAUAAUAAUCUAGGAAGUACAGGAGUGAAGCUGAUCUCUGCUGGGCUGGAGAAUCCAAACUGUAAACUGGAGACACUGCAAUUGAGUGAUUGUGGUGUCGCAGAUAAAGGUUGUGUUGCUCUGGCUUCAGCUCUGAUAUCAAACUCACACCUGAGAGAACUGAAUCUGUCUAGGAACAAACUAGGAGGUUCAGGAGUGAAGAUGCUUUCAGCUGGACUGAAGAAUCCAAACUGUAAACUGGAGAAACUCGUGUUGUGGGAUUGUGGUGUCACAGAUAAAGGUUGUGCGGCUCUGGCUUCAGGUCUCAGAUCAAACUCGCACCUGAGAAAACUGAAUCUGAAGAAAAAUACAAAUCUAGGAGAUUCAGGAGUGAAGCUGCUCUCUGCUGGGCUGGAGAAUCCAAACUGUAAACUGGAGAAACUGGAGUUGAGUCGUUGUGGCGUCACACAUAAAGGCUGCGUCGCUCUGGCUUCAGCUCUGAAAUCAAACCCCUCACAUCUGAGAGAACUGAAUCUGUCUGAGAAUAAUAUCGGUGGUUCAGGAGUGGAGCUGCUGUCUGCUACACUAAAGAAUCCAAAGUGUAAACUGGAGAUACUGCGGUUGAGGUGUUGUGGUAUCACAGAUGAAGGUUGUCAUGCUUUGGCUUCGGCUCUGAAAUUAAACCCCUCAUACCUGAAAGAUUUGAAUCUGUCGGAGAAUAAUCUAGGAGAUUCAGGAGUGAAGAAGCUCUCUGCUGUACUGAAGAAUUGUAAACUGGAGACACUAAGGUUGUGGGAUUGUGGUGUCACAGAUGAAGGUUGUGUUGCUUCUGCUCUCAGAUCAAACUCGCACCUGAAAAAACUGCAUCAGACUGUUAAUAGAACAAGGACGUUCGGGAAUGAAGCUGCUCUCUGAUUUAAAGGACUCACACUAUAAACUAGAGAAACAGGGUGAAUUAUUUUUAUUGUUGUUUUUAAAGACAAUUUUUCUAAAAUGAUUCUAAGCAAAUCUGUGUGUUUUCUUUUAGUUACUAGGAUGAUUAUGAUGAUGAACUUAUGAUGAUGAUAUUGAUGAUGACCUGUUCAUAUUCUGAUGAUGGAGUACCACAGUGAUGUCACACAGUUUUGAGUAUGAACUUCUAGAGGUUUUAAGAUUGGGGUCCCCAACGUUAAAAUUCGGGACCCACUAGACAGAUAUAAUCCAUUUCAAGACCCAUUAUUUUUAUAGAGAAAAACACAUACUUGCCCCCUUUAGUAGUUCUUAUUUUUCGUUAUUUAUUUUUUGCUGUUCGAUUAUAGCAAAAACAUUGUUUAUAGUAUUCCUCUUGAUACUGUAAUUGACAUUUUUAAUGUUGAUGUUAUAUUGAAGUGUGUUUUAAAAUGUCUAAUAACUUUCUGUAAAGCAACUGAAUAGUUUUAUAUUUUUAUAUAAAAUAUAUUUUUAUAUAAACAUCCAGAACAAACUGUUCCUGAAAUACUUGAUGACUGAUGUACUGUAGUGUAAAAAGGUCCACCUUGAUUUUGCACAUUCAAAAUCAUCAAAACUAUGGAAUGCCUCAUAUAACACCAGGAAUUAUUUGUGACAAAAAAAAUCAAGUAAUCAAAAUAUGUUAUAUGAGAAUGAUGCAGGUUAUUGAUGAUAAGCCUUAAAUCUAGAUUAAAUCAAGUUUUACUUCAUAAUUAUAUUGCACCAAACUGUAAACCUUGUUUAAAAAUAAUCAGGUUUAUAUUUAAGAUAUCGUUUGAUCCAGGUUUUAAUUUUACAGCAAAUCUAGAUGAACUUUAAUCCUGUUCCUCCAUUAUUUUAAACUCUUGAUUUAUCUCUCAGGGAUUGCUACUGAGCAAUCCAAAACUUGCUACUGAGGAGAUUUAAAAAAUAAAAAACACAUUUAUAAUAAAAUGAUCAG